AUGUUGAGAAGACCGCCACAAGCAAUCGACCACGCCUCAGAAGACAAGUCACCAAAAGUGGUCAUAGAGUCAGACGUAGGACGAAACGAGUCAAUGUUGUUGGGUACCGGGGACCCACCCUCUCCCAGGGACCCGCCCACUCCCAGGGACCCGCCCACUCCCGGGGACCAGCCUACUUCUAGGUAUCCGCCCCCUCCCGGGGACCUGCUCACUUCCGAGGACCAGCCCACUCCCGGGGACCCGCCCACUCCCGGGGACCGGCCCACUCCUAAGUACCUGCCCACCCCAGGGACCCGCCCACUCCCUGCCCACAGGACCCGCCCACUCCCAGGACCCGCCUACUCCCAAGGACCCGCCUACUCCCAAGGACCCACCUACUCCCAGGGACCCGGACCCGCCUACUCCAAAGGACCCACCUACUCCCAAGGACCCGCCUACCCAGGACCUGCUCACCCAGGGCCCUGCCUACUCCUAGGGACCUGCCCACUCCUAGGGACCUGCCUACUCCCAGGACCCGCCACUCCUAGGGACCCGCCUACCCCAGGACCUGCCUACUCCCAGGAACCUGCUUACUCCCAGGGACCCGCCUACUCCAAAGGACCCGCCUACUCCCAAGGACCCGCUUAUCUCCAAGGACCCGCCUACUCCCAGGGACCAGGCCGCCCAUAA